AUGACGUCGGUUCCUACCAACUAUACCUUCUCGCCAUCCGAAGGCACUCCUCACCUGACCAUCAAUCAUGAUGUUGCGGCCGAGCUAGACUCUAGCAAUGCUUUUGAGGCCGACGAAUGGGUAGGCAUGCUUGAUAUGGUCAACUGCAAAAUUCUGUCUGUCCUCGAGUCCGAGACGGUCGACGCCUACUUGCUAUCCGAGUCUAGCUUGUUUGUCUUCCCCCACAAGCUGAUUCUCAAGACGUGCGGGACCACGACUCUGCUCCUCGGGCUUCAGCGCCUCCUGCACAUUGCCGCGCAACAUGCUGGAUUCCCUUUCGCCAAUGCCUCACUCGCUACCGACAUCAAGGCCGCGGCCACGCCCUACCGCGUCUUCUACAGCCGCAAGAACUUCCUCUUCCCCGACAAACAGCAAGGUCCGCACCGCAGCUGGAAGCAAGAGGUGAAGUAUCUUGAUGACAUGUUCGAGGGGGGCAGUGCCUAUAUGGUAGGCAAGAUGAACGGCGAUCAUUGGUACCUUUACAUCACUUCGCCGAAUGAAUCGAUCACACCUCCCCGCACCCCUGAGGAAAACGAUGGUCAUGGCCACAUUGCCAGGAUUCCUGCUAGCAUCCUACGAGGCGCCGACGAGCCCAGCGAUGAGACGCUCGAGAUCCUCAUGACCGACCUCGAUGAAGAGAACGCGAAGCAAUUUUACCUUGAAAACGCAAGCGCUCUGGCAAGCGAGCAGCUUGCAGCUCGGGCGCAAAAGGCCCGUAAUGAGGCGCGCCAAAGUCUUGGGGACCUCACUAACGGCCAGCAGAUUGAAGAAGAUGUCGACGUUUUUAGCAACGGAAGUGAUGCUGAGGCGCCUGAGCAGGUGCUUACUGAGGCCUUGACCACCGAGGGUCAUGCUCUUGGCACCGUCGUCUCCGAAGCCUGCGGCCUCUCUAAUGUCUAUCCGACCAGCAGGUAUCCGGACGCACGCGUCGAUGCGUACUUGUUCAGUCCGUGUGGCUUCUCGGCAAACGGUGUCGUGCCGGCGGCUCCUCAGGGCAAUGCCGAGGACGGGAAGAGCAGCUCGAUUCAUUACUUCACCGUGCACGUCACGCCGGAGCCCAACUGCUCCUUCGCGUCUUUCGAGACCAAUGUUCCUGGUGGCCAGUCAGGUCGCACGACGUCAGAAAUUAUCGAACAUGUCGUCGACAUCUUUAAGCCUGGUCGCUUCAGUGUGACGCUGUUCGAGGCUAAGGGGCGUGCUGCCGACCCAAACGUUGCGAACGAAGGCAAACUUCCUUCAACGUCAUCCCAGCGCCUACUAGCCCCUGUCCCAGGCUAUCGACGGCUCGACCGCAUUGUUCAUGACUUUGAGGACUACGAUCUUGUAUUCCGCUUUUACGAAAAGGAAGGCUGGGCUGGGGGUCGCGGCGCGCGUGUGGGUGAAGCUUUGUAA